AUGGUUAAUGUGGGAGUUUUAGAAGAGCCGGAGGCAAUAACAGAUGGCCUGGAGAUUGUGGUUUCACCUAGAAGUCUACACAGUGAAUUAAUGUGCCCAAUUUGUUUGGAUAUGUUGAAGAACACCAUGACUACAAAGGAGUGUUUCCAUCGUUUUUGUGCAGAUUGUAUCAUCACAGCCCUUAGAAGUGGCAACAAAGAAUGUCCUACUUGUCGGAAAAAGCUAGUUUCCAAAAGAUCACUCAGGCCAGAUCCAAACUUUGAUGCGCUCAUCAGCAAAAUUUAUCCAAGUCGCGAUGAGUAUGAAGCUCAUCAAGAGAGAGUAUUAGCCAGGAUCAACAAGCACAAUAAUCAACAGGCACUCAGUCACAGCAUUGAGGAAGGACUGAAGAUACAGGCCAUGAACAGAUUACAGCGAGGCAAGAAACAGCAGAUUGAAAAUGGCAGUGGAGCAGAAGAUAAUGGUGACAGUUCACAUUGUAGUAAUGCAUCCACACAUAGCAAUCAGGAAGCAGGCCCUAGUAACAAACGGACCAAAACAUCUGAUGAUUCUGGGCUUGAACUUGAUAAUAACAAUGCAACAGUGGCAAUUGAUCCAGUAAUGGAUGGUGCUAGUGAAAUUGAAUUAGUAUUCAGGCCUCAUCCCACACUUAUGGAAAAAGAUGACAGUGCACAGACAAGAUAUAUAAAGACUUCAGGUAAUGCCACUGUUGAUCACUUAUCCAAGUAUCUGGCUGUGAGAUUAGCUUUAGAAGAACUUCAAAGCAAGGGAGAAUCAAACCAGAUGAACCUUGACACAGCCAGUGAGAAGCAGUAUACCAUUUAUAUAGCAACAGCAAGUGGCCAGUUCACUGUAUUAAAUGGCUCUUUUUCUUUGGAAUUGGUCAGUGAGAAGUACUGGAAAGUGAAUAAACCCAUGGAACUUUAUUACGCACCCACCAAGGAGCACAAAUGAGCUUUUAAAAACCAAUUUUGAGACUGAACUUUUUUAUAGCCUGUUUCUUUAAUAUUAAAGAUGUACCAUCAUUACUUUUAUGGACAGAUCUUGGAUAUGUUGUUCAAUUUUUCUUUCUGAGCCAGACUCGUUUACACUUUUAGAAUCAUUUCCCCUUAAUUUAAGAUUUACUUUUUGGAAGGGACUAUAGUUAUUCAGUACUUUUGCUUUCCUUUGAAGAAUAUAUCUAAGUUGUGUGCUUUCACAAAGUAUGGUUCCAUUGGGAGCACCUUUGACCUGGGAAUUUUUCAUAGUUCUGUAUUCUUAAGUGAAGAUUCAGUUGGCCGUCCCUUUCCGUCUCCCCUCAAAAGUUUUUUAGGCCUACAGAUUGUUAAUAUGUAUUCUGACUUUUUUCCCUUGUGUAUAUUUAUAGUUUUCUAUAUAAACUGUAGUAUCUUCAUGAAGACUGAGGCUCAAACUUACUGUGCUUAAAAACAAUUCUCAUAGGAUUAUUAUUUUCAUGGUAUUUUCUUCCAUAAUAUCUCGUUUUUAAAAGAGGUUCUUUAUGAACUUGGUGUCCACUGUCAUGCAAUGUUAUUUUUUUUUUCCUUUUUUCCUCCCUGUAAGUUUAGAUGUUCUGGUCUUGGGGAAGAGAAUCAAAACCUUAAGUUCUAUGAGCACAUGGGUCAUUGACAUAUUUCACUGAAGAAAGAAAAAUUAAAUUGAUAGUAAUACGUAGUCCUCAAUUGUUUAUUUAAGCUUUUUGUAUUAGUUCCCACUGUCACUUUAGUUCCUUUAUUAUGUGUUUGAUGUUUUUUUACCCUAUUAAAAUAUCAUAAAUAUGGAGAUAUUUUGCA